AUGGCUGUUCUCGAGGAUGGCGUAGUUGACGGGGUUGUCGUUGAAAAUGAAGUUGUUCCGCCGUUUAUAACCCGUCAACAGGAGAGAAAUCGCAAGAAAAAGCUGAAGAAAAAGGCUUCAAAGCAAAGGAAAAGAGCCGAGCGUGUUGUUCAGGAUGCUUGCACUGAUUCUGCUACAUCUAACUUCGAGUCAGUUAAUGAGGCGAAGGAUAGAGUUGAGGAGGUUCCUCGCAAGGAAUAUCCUGUGUUUGAGCUUACAGGUCCAUUUGAACGCUUCAAACUUGUCUUCGAUGAUUCCGAUGAUAUGAGGGAUGGAAUUACAGAUGGUGAGAGGAUCGGUGCUGAUUUUGGUCUAACUGGAGACCCAUUUAAAACUACGCCGGAUCAGCCGAGUCUAAAAGCCCGAACUGCUGCCCUUCUAGCAGAAGAGGCAGCUGCUCGUGCUAAAAAGUCAGAAAAAAAAGGUGAUCGGAAGGGCGGUGGAGACGAUGACGACGAUGAUGCCGAUGGGAAUAAAGAACAGCCGUUGAGCAAGAAGAAACUAAAGCUUUUGAAUCGUCCCUCUGUGGCUUCCCUAAAACAGGCUGCUGCUCGCCCAGAUGUGGUUGAAAUGUGGGAUGUUUGUGCCAAGGAUCCGAUGCUUUUAGUAUACCUGAAAUCCUACCGUAACACUGUUCCUGUCCCCAAGCACUGGUGCGCUAAGAGAAAAUAUCUUCAAGGCAAGAGAGGGUUUGAAAAACCACCUUUUCGGCUACCUGAAUUUAUUGCGCGCACAGGAAUCAUGGAGAUGCGUCAAACCGUUUCUGACAAGGACGCUGAAAAGUCACUAAAAACAAGGAUGAGAGAAAAAAUUCGGCCCAAGAUAGGUAAAGUGGAUAUCGACUACCGAAAAUUACACGAUGCUUUCUUCAAGUACCAAACAAAGCCAAAAUUGACGAGUCAUGGGGAUCUUUAUUAUGAAGGAAAAGAGUUUGAGGUGAAGCUGAAGGAGAAAAAGCCGGGUAAUCUGUCGGAUGAGUUGCGGACAGCGUUGGGUCUCCCAACUGGGCCAAAUGCCGACCGUUAUCCACCACCGUGGUUGAUCGCGAUGCAGCGUUACGGCCCUCCACCCUCCUACCCCAACGUAGUCAUUCCUGGCCUCAAUGCACCCAUACCUCCUGGCUGCGCAUUUGGCUACCAUCCUGGAGGUUGGGGCAAACCUCCCGUUGACGAGAUGGGGCGUCCGAUUUAUGGCGACGUCUUUGGUAACGGUGGCAACAUGGCAGGUGUUCCACCACCGCCACCACCUACCGGUGGACCCGCAGAACCGGAGGAACCCGUGAUCUCAGGUCUCGGGAAGAGUGGUCUUUGGGGUGAGCUUGAAUCUGAUGAAGAAGAAGAGGAGGAAGAAGACGAAUCUGAAGAAGAUGAGGAUAAGACUGGUGAGGCAGGUGAAGGUGCUGAGGGAGAGGCGGUAGGUCUUACUGGUCCCCCUACUGAAAUGAUUCAACCCAUUGAGAAGGUCAGCAUUGAUUUGGGUGGUUUGGUCACUCCUGCCUCUGGUCUAAUUACACCAAGUGGAGCAGUCUCUAGCGUUAUCGGUGCAGAGACACCAGCGACGGUGGCGGCUGCUGCGGCCGCUGUAGGGACAACGAAUACGAGCAACAUAGAACUGCGAAAGCGUACCAUCGAGGCGGCUAUGGACAAUGCAUCCGGAUUUGAGACACCUGCACCGGGAACUGGAUUGGCUGCUGGUCAGCUCUAUCGGGUGUUACCCGAGCGCGAGACGGCCCUGCAACCAUCAGCAAUGGUUGGGUCAACUCGAGUUUAUGAUGUUACUGGUGUGACAGGUGCUCCUCGCGGGGAAGAGGCCGAGGAUCCUCGCGAAAAAAUGCUAAGAAAACGAAUUGCAGGAGCCGAGUCGCAGCAGAAGACAGGAACUGUUUCAAGUUCGGGCACCACCAGCACGGGUGGACCUCCAGCAGCCAAGAAAUACAAGGAUUUCAAGUUUUAA